AUGUUGGAAAUUCGUUUCUUACCUUUUCUACUUGUCCUCACUUGUGCAAUUAUUGUAGAAAGGCCUAUUACAUAAAUAGUUUGGUGUGGAGCUUCAAUUAUUUACACCAGAGAAGAUGAAACCAUACCUUAAUUUCAGGGUUUGGAAGAAGAGAAGACAAUAUUUUUUAUUACUGAAGCCCACUAGAUAUAUCAGAGUAAUGGAACUGUUUGGAAUUAAAUUGAGGGUUUAUUUGAAGAUAUUUAGAUUUCACCUGCAGAUUCACGUGUCAUAUUUUUAUUUGGACAAAAUGGUUAAAAAAGCUAUAGAACAAAUGAUUGUGGUGAAAAUUUCGAGGAAAUUGACACUAAUGGCUUUUAUGGAUUUAGAUUAAAUAAAAUGAGUUGGAAAUGGAUGCUAGCAUUUAAAAAAUAAUAAUGUGAUCAUUUCGACAUGGAUUGUAGAGAACCAUAUAACAAUUAAUUGUUUUAUUCUGAAGAUGGAGCAAAGACUUGGUUGCCAUCAUUUAAGAAUUGUAGAGAAGCAUCAUGGGAUAAAAUCAUAGAGGACAUUACAGUUCCAGAUGAAAGGUCGAUUGUAUUAUUUUCUUAUGAAAAUCAAACAUAAUUGAUCUACUCUGAUAAUUUUGCCAAUUAUCAUACCUUAAUGAUUGGUGCUUAAGGCUACUAUUAAACCACUAAAUAUCUUUUUGUUUUAACUUCUUCCAGUAAUGGAGGGUAUGAAUUGCAUUACGGUCAUUCUAAACUUGAAGAAUUUUCAGAGAAAUUGGUGGAGUUGCCAUUAUAAAUUUUAAAGGAGUAUUCUUAUACUGUUCUUGAUACUGAAAAUGGUAGAAUAUACUUAUCAGUAUCUCAUUAUUAGUAAGAGCAAUCAAUAACAAAUGUGUAUAUCAGUAAUUAAAUAGGCGAAGAUUUUUAAAUUGUUUUAACAAAUAAUGUGAGAUCAACAUAAGAUGGAAACUGUGAUUUUGAAAAGCUUUUAGGUCUAACAUCUACUUAUGUUGCAAAUACAUAUGACUAAAGAGAUUAGAAAGAUAAAUCAACUGUUAUCAGUUUUAAUGGAGGAAAGAAAUGGGAAUCAAUAAAGGCUCCAAAAUAUGAUUCAGAAGAGAAUGUUGUAGAAUGUGGAGGAGAAUGCUCUUUGCACUUUGUUGGAAGAACGGAAUCUUAUAGAUAAACUAUUUACACUGUAGAUUAAGCACCAGGUAUUGUUUUAGGUGUUGGAAAUGUUGGAGUAUUUAUCACAUAAGAAUAAAAUACAUAUAUGUCAGCUGAUGGAGGAUAGAAUUGGAUUGAAGUCAGAAAAGGAUCUCAUGUUUUUGAAAUAGCUGAUUUUGGAGGCGUCAUUGUUAUGGCCAAAGACUACGAACCCACUAAUGAAAUAAUAUAUUCUCUUGAUUAUGGAAAAACAUGGAAAACUAAAAUCAUUUACGAUGAUCUUUUCAUGGCCUAAAAUUUAGUUACUGAAGCAUCUGGAACUGUUAGAUAUUUUCUAAUUUAUGGCAAAACCGAUAAAGGAGAAGGGAUAAUUUUAAAAUUGGAUUUUAGCGAUAUUUUUUCAAAAGAGUGUAAAUCUAAUUUAGAUUAUGAUAUUUGGAACUCCAAAUGUAUUGAUGGAUCUUAAACUAAAUACUUUAGGAAAAAAGAAAACUCGGAGUGUUUUAAUCCUAAAUAGAUGAUUACCAAAAAAAUAAUUGAACCUUGUCCAUGUAAAAGGGAAGAUUGGAUAUGUGCCUAAGGUUAUGUUAGUUAAUUAGAAGGAGGAGAAUGUCUACCCAUUGCAAAUAUUUCUGAUUAUUGUGAACCAGGAAAAACCUUUUUCAAGACUCAAGGAUACAUCAAGUUGACUUAAUGUUUAGGAGGUUUAGAUUUAGGACCAAUAGAAACUUAAUGUCCAAAAUCCUUCAAUUUGAAUGAUAUCCUUUUAUAUAUAAUAAUAAGUGCAGUUUUUGUUUUUGUCAUUUUAAUAGGGUAUGUAGUAGUGAAAAGGGUACUAACUGCUGAAGAAAAAAGUCAAAAUCUAAAUGUCAACAAAUAUAAUUAAAUGGAGUUUUAGGAAGACGAUGAAGAAGAUUAAUAAUUAUGA